UCGUUCUUUGUCGAAUAGAUAACCCUACCGAACAAUCCUGCACACCACUGAGCACGUCCGCGCUUGCCUUUCGAAGACGACAAUCGUCAGUGGAAAUUUCUGGUAGGCCCAAUGGCUUCACAACGACCAUCAAAGCGUCAACGGAUCUCGGGCACCAUCAGCCCAGUGACACCCCUGUCGCCCGACGACGAAGAAACCCUAGGCAGUGUUUCCGGAUCGAAAAGUAACGGCAACAGCACACCCAGCAGCAGGCUCCUGGACCGAGCCAUCGAAGUGCUCCGCGUGGAAGCCGACGCUCUCGCCAACGUGGCAGCUCUGUACCAAAACGAUGCCGCAGCUCGGGCUGGACUCGCCGCGGCUGUGGAAGCCAUUGUCGAAGCUCAGCACCAGGACGGCAAACUCGUCGUCUGUGGCGUAGGCAAAUCCGGCUACAUUGCACAGAAACUCACAGCGACCUGCAAAUCUUUGGGGAUUCGCGCGGCGUUUCUGCACGCGUGUGAAGCCAUGCACGGGGAUUUGGGCGACAUUCGCCCGAGAGAUGUCCUGCUGUUUGUUUCUUAUUCGGGCCAGACCCCGGAACUUCUGAAUCUACUUAGUCAUGUCCCGGAAACUGUCCGCGUCAUGGCCAUGUCCUCACACAACGAUGCUCUCGACUGCAGGCUGUUGAUGGACAGAGAUGAUGGGAUUCUGCUGCCAACGCCAAUUCCGAUCAAGGAAGAGGACUCCUUUGGCGUUCGUGCGCCUACGACUUCGACUACUGUCGCACUUGCCGUGGCGGAUAUGCUGGCCUUGACGGUGGCUGAUGAGUUGCAUCGAGAGGAUACAAAGUCCGUGUUUCAACGAAAUCACCCUGGCGGAGCUAUUGGGAUGACUCCUCAAGAGGUGGAAAGCCUGAAGCGAGCGGAUGUUGAUGUGUCUAUUGUUGCGCUGCCCAGCCCGAGCAUUUCUGCCGAGAGCGAGGAUUGAAAGAAAAAUAUGACUCGAUGCUAUAUUAAUGACAUGUUUCGAUGUGGCGACGACGCACAAGAACUGAAACUCCCUUCGAGCGAAAAUUGCGAUGCAGUGAGACCGUCACAACCCGGUGGCGAUCCUCUGCCAACAGCUCUCCAUAUCCUCGCAGAGUGUUGUGAAAGACGGGUUUUGAAGAUUGUCCACCAUGAACUGCUCCAAUGCGGCCAGUCUGGUUUUGCCAUCCU